GUCACAAACGAACUUCCAGCAUACUUUAUCUCACUGAAUGAGACGUAGGGCAGACAGAGCAGCGUCUUUCGAUCUGCAGUGCGACUACCUAGUCUUCAUUCACGAUGCAGAACUCUACAUGGGUCGCCAGCUCCGUCGUGGAGAACCUCAUUGAGCUGCAGCAUCUCCCAAGACAUGUAACGGCGGCACGGGUCAUCAUAGUCGUCGCAUUCCUGGGUCUGGUGCGACUGAAGGUCACAAACCUAUCUCUCGCCAUCCCAGCCGUUCUUCUAGCCGCCUACCACGAACGGGCGCUGUAUCAGAAAGAUGGCAUCUCAACCGUCAAAUAUUCGGUCCUUGGUGUGCUGGUUCCAUGGCUUCUCACCUUCGGCUACAGAUUUGUAGCGAUGCGCCGUAGAUGCAGACAAUUGCCUAGCGUGCCUCACAGCUUUGUCCUUGGCCAUGUCCCUACAAUGGCUAAAGAAACGAUGAAGUUUCCGGGAGACGUCCAUGAUCAUGUUAUCAUGACCCACAUUGCUGAUACGUACGAUCUGCGGAAGCAUGGGCUAUUCUUCAUUGAUUCGUACCCGAUCAUGAGCGAGCCGUUGAUGGUCAUCCUCUCGCCAGAUGUUUCGGCACAGGUUCUACAGAACCAGGGUGAACAGUUUCCCAAGCACCCUGUGCUAAAUGAGAGCUUUGGGAGGGCUAUUGGCCCAAAGGGGAUGGUUGGCCAGGAAGGCGAGCAGUGGAAGGAGCUGCGGACGAUGUUCAACCCUGGGUUCUCACAGGCAAAUCUCCUAUCGAUGGUACCUAUGAUGGUUGAGGAAACAACCAUCUUCGUCAGCAGACUAUCUAAGCUUGCAGCCGGCGAUGGAUUCAUCGAGAAUACGGAUUCCCUAGCAGCCGCCGUCACGGUUGAUAUUAUUGGCCAAGCUCUCUUGGGCGUCCAAUUCAACGCCCAGACGACGUCGAACGAUUUGGUCACGAGUGUUGUCCGAGCUAGCCAUCUCGUGAAGACUUUCACAAACUUCGAUAUUAGGAAGCUGAAUGCCUGGAGAUAUCUCAAACUAAGAUACUAUGAAGCCAUUUCAAAUACUAAAAUCACGGAGAUCCUUUCGGCGAGAUGGACUGAACUUGCUACAGCACCGGAAAAGGCAUCUUCUUCGGGUGCCAUCUUUGAUAUCGCCAUGGCCAAGUAUAUGAAGAGAGGGGGGAGUCUUCAAACUGGUGUGACGAAAGACUUCUUGGAGCUGAUGCGAGACAAUGUUAAAACAUUCAUAUUUGCCGGUCAUGAUACGACAUCCACCAUCAUUACCUAUGCCCUCUGGGAGCUCUCACGCCACCCCAAAAGCCUCCGCAAAGCCCGCGAAGAGCACGACGCAGUCCUCGGCUCCGAUCCGAACGAAGCCGGAGAGCGAAUUACAGAGGACCCAAGACUAGCCAACGCGCUCCCAUAUACAACAGCUAUCGUCAAAGAGACCCUGAGAUUGUGGACCCCGGCGGGGUCUGUCCGAAUAUCGCCAAGAGAAGGAACUACGGUCGUAGGACUGGACGGCGUAACAUACCCAGCAGACAACUGUAUGAUAUGGUCCGCGAACAACUGCACGAUGAAAGACGCCAACAUCUUCCCCUCGCCGUAUGAGUUUAUCCCUGAACGCCAUAUCCCCGACCAAACCCCAUUUGGCCCCAUCCAUAAGAAUGCGUAUCGCCCGUUUGAGAAAGGUCCGAGAGAUUGUCUCGGCCAGGAGCUGGCGAUGCUGGAAACGCGUAUUGUGCUUGCCCUGACCUUGCGUAAAUUCGAUUUCAAAGAGGCGUAUGAUGAGUUGGAUCGCAGGCUCGGGAGGACUCCGAAGGAGUUUCCGGUGUUGGAGAAGGUUGGUGGGAGGGCGUAUCAGGUUUUGUUUACGGCGGCGAAGGGGAAGGAUGGCAUCCCGAUGUGGGUUUCGGAGAGGAAGUGAUGAGUGCUGAGGGUCAUCUCAUGAGCUGGGUUAUCUGUUAUUGUUCGAUUCUGCGUUAGCGAACAGUCAAGACAUGGCUUUGGAGGAUGUUAUGGAACUUCGGUCCUGCCACGGUGAUAUCUGCCGAGAGGGGACGUGCGGGAUGUAGCUGUGCUGCUUUGGAAGGCGACGGGGGGG